AAUCAGGACACGCACGCGCCCUUCUCAUAGCUAGCAUAACAACGCCCUUGCUAACAGUGACCCAGUUUAGCCACGGCGCGUCAGCUGAGCGCAGGGAUCAGAUGUCGGUUGUGAAAUGUUCUACAAACUAGUCUGAGAAACGUGGAUGAAUGAAGAGUUGACCUAUAUGAAACAAGAGAUGGAGGAAGAUGUUGAGGACCAGCGGCUUCUCCUUUAUGCUAAAGAGGGGAAUUCUGCUCUGAUUCAGAAGCUACUUCAGGCUAGAAUGAAUCAAAGUAGCUCUCUCAAUAUUAACUUCAGAUCUCAGUCUAAAAGCACUCCAGGAUGGACAGCUCUGCACCUGGCCUCCAGCUUUGGCUACAGAGAAGUUGUGGAGGAGUUACUUCAGGCAGGAGCUGAUGUGAAUUUGCAGGAAAGUUUGGGAGACACACCUUUACACAAGGCAGCCCAAUCUGGAAGAAAGGAGAUUGUUUUGUUGCUCCUGCGAUACGAUGCCUGUGCCAACAUAAUUAACGGAACAGGGCAAAUUCCUAAAGAUGUCACAGAUGAUGAUGAAAUCCACACAAUGCUGGAAGCUGCAGAAAGACGAGAGAUGAAACGACGAGAGCAGAAGCUUCUGGAAGCUGCCAGAGAAGGAGAUCUCCUCACUCUAGCUAAAUUGCUCAGUGACAAAGAAGCUCCAGACAUCCACUGCAGGGAUUCAGUGGGAAACACGCCUUUACACUGUGCAGCCUACAGGGGGCAGAAGCAGUGCAUUGUAAAGCUCCUCAAGUGUGGAGCCAGCCCAAAUGUCACAAACGGCAACGGUCAGACAGCACUGGACCUGGUUUGCACUGAUGAAUUAAAACACAUUGUGGCAGCGUACCAAGACAAGUAUGUGAGAAGUGCAACACAGAAGUUUGAGGGUCUGCUCUGGAAGAGUUCAUAUUUUCUUGGAUGGCGAUCGUACUGGGUGGUCAUUGAAAAUGGAACCAUUUCCUGGUUCAAGAAACGAUCAGACGCACAGACUGGCGUCAGAAAGCAGGGCUGUAAGCCGCUCUCUCAGUCCUACUGCAUGGUCAAACCGUGGGAUCACUGCUUCUUCAUGCUCAGAUGCUUUGAUGACACCGUUCAUCAUUUCAGGGUCCCCUCCAAGAUCGACUCUUUGGCUAUAAGAAAAAGGUGGUUGGAUGCUUUAGAAGAACAUGCGUCUUACAGCACUCGUCACUCUGGACAUGAACUCCUUGUUUAUGAUGCAGUUGAUGAUGGUGAUGUGGAAACGGGAAACCUGGCCCAAGCUGUUCAGGCGGCGAAGGCCGCCCAGCAGAAACUGGAAAGUGAAGUGUCAAUAUUUGGCUCUAUGGUGAAGAAUGAAGAAAAUUCCGCUUUGGCUGCGCCUCUCCUCCUGAAAGCCAAAGAGACCUGUGAACUCACCAGUCAAACUUGUGCCGCUCUUCAUCUCUGCCUUGAAUUACUGUCAAAACAGGAGGAGGUGUGGAGUCUGAAAAUAGAGCAGGAGGAGGAGAAGAACAAAGCUCUGGCAGAAGCCCUGCAAACUUUAGCAACUGAGCAUCAAGAACUUAAGACUCACUUUAAUAAGAGCGGAAGGUUUUCCACCCUCAAAACCCUCACGGAAGAUGACUUCUAUGAUGCUGUGUCAGAAUCGGAGUCGGAGCUCUCUGUGAGCGGCUUCCUGUCUGUGGCCAGUCUCUCCAACGAAGAGGACGAGGGCAGAGACGCCCCCCUUCUCAACAGCCUCAGCCAUCCAAGCGCGCACGGGGGGGCUGCCGGAAUGUCAGGCGAAGGUAACCAAGGCAACCGACCAGCCCAGCACAAUGGCGUCAAGAAGCACAGAUCGUCUCUGCCAGCUCCCAUGUUUUCCAGGAAUGACGUCAGCAUCUGGAGUAUCCUGAAAAAAUGCAUCGGCAUGGAGUUAUCAAAGAUCACCAUGCCUGUGAUCUUCAACGAGCCUCUGAGUUUCCUGCAGAGACUGACGGAAUACAUGGAGCACACCUACCUCAUCCACCAGGCGAACGCCGCCACCGACUCCCUUGAAAGGAUGAAGUGCGUUGCAGCGUUUGCCGUGUCCGCCGUCGCGUCGCAGUGGGAAAGGACGGGGAAACCCUUUAACCCGCUUUUGGGGGAAACAUACGAACUGAUCAGAGAUGAUUUGGGGUUCCGAUGGAUGUCGGAGCAAGUGAGUCAUCACCCUCCGAUCAGUGCCUUUCACGCUGAGGGCUUCAAGGAGGAUUUCGUCUUCCACGGGUCCAUUUAUCCUAAACUUAAGUUCUGGGGAAAGAGUAUAGAGGCUGAGCCCAAAGGAACCAUCACACUGGAGCUUCCCAGAUAUAAUGAGGCUUAUACUUGGACAAACCCCACCUGUUGUGUGCAUAACAUCAUCGUUGGUCAGCUCUGGAUCGAGCAGUAUGGCAACGUUGAAGUGAUCAAUCACAAAACUGGUGAGAGAUGCAACUUGACGUUCAAGCGAUGUGGUCUCUUUGGGAAAGAGCUCCACAAAGUUGAGGGAUAUAUUCUAGAUAAAAGUAAGAAGAAGCUCUGCGCGAUAUACGGCAAAUGGACCGAAUGUCUCUACGUAGUGGAUCCUGCAACUUUUGAUGCCAACAAAAAGAUGGACAAGAAGAACUCAGAGGAAAAGAAGACCAACAAGGAGCCUCAGAACAGUGUUGAUGAGGAGGCGGAGGAGAUGCCUCCACCGGUCGCCGAGACCGUCCAGGUCAUCCCCGGCAGCGAGCUCAUCUGGAAGAUCACUCCUCGACCGGAGAAUUCAGCCAAGUUUUACGCGUUUUCCACGUUUGCCAUGCAGCUAAAUGAGAUGGACAAGAUCAUGGAGGAAGCUCUGCCGUCCACAGACAGCCGUCUCAGGCCGGACAUUCGUGCCAUGGAGAAUGGAGAUAUAGAUCUAGCAAGUGCAGAGAAGAAAAGACUGGAGGAAAAACAGCGCACAGCCCGGAAGAAUCGCUCCAAAUCUACAGAGGAGUGGAAAAUCAGAUGGUUUCAGCAGGGAACCAACCCUCACAACAAAGCUCAGGACUGGAUCUACCUUAAAGGCUACUGGGACAGGAAGUACACCCACAUGCCUGAUAUUUACUAAAAUGUGAAUCUGCGCCGAUUGAAAUAAACGCAGACUUCUGUGUCACCUCAAGAAUUCCCUGCUGCUCUGUGAAUGUGUUUGAUAAACAGACUUAAACCCGUGAAUAUGGAGGUAACAACAAUCUAACUAAAGCACAAACGACUCUAUAGCUUAUUUAUUGUGGGUAACGACCACUAAAGUGAGGUAUUUAUGUGUAGUAUAAAAGGUAGAAUGUAUUUUAGAUAUGUAAAUGUUAGAUAAAAAUAGUUUUUCCAUCAUCCAGGCAUUUUGCUCAUCUGUAUCACUGACAUAGUUUUUCCAAAUGCAGCUUUGGCGUUACUAUUGUGUGCUCAUAUUAUUAUGCAUCGCAGUACAUCACUUCUGGGUCAAUUUGCCUUAUUUUCUCCUCUUUAGUACAGCAAUUGGUGCAAGUAUUGGUGUUUUAAAUGAACGUUAGAAACUGCUUAUUUGAAUGGCAACUGUGAAAUGUUUGUGUUGCCAUUUAUGUAAAAGGAUACUUCUGCUAAAUUCAAUCUGCUUAGAUUUCAACUGGUUGGAACAAUUACAGACGUGAAGGAAGGAGCUCUGAAUCUGCACUUUGACUGUAUUAAAGUGAUGGAACUGAACGCAUUUCUCUAAUUAAACCAUCGUUCCAAACGCAUGUGUGUAGAUAGACCUAUGCAAGCCUUACCUCCUUCAGUGAAGCACUGAAUAACUCACCAUACCGAUAGAUGCAGCAUGUUUAGGGUUGUUUUUUCAGUCAUUUUUGGUUUUAAACUGAAUUUCUAUAAAUGCUAAAUAAAAGCUUAAUGUUGAAUUA